AUGGGUUCUCCUCCCAAGACGUGGUGGAGGCAAAUUCACCUCCGCUACGCAGCAGCCAACCUAGGGCUGCCAUUAUACGUGGCCUACCAUGCGCCCAGUACAUCAUUACAGUGGGAAACCUGUGUGUGGACGUUGAUUUACGCCUUCAUGACAGGGCUAAGUAUCACCGCUGGAUACCACCGCCUCUGGACCCAUCAAGCGUACAAGGCCUGCCUCCCACUCCGCAUCAUCCUCGCAGCCCUCGGCGCCGGCGCCCUCCAGCUCCCCAUCCGCGUCUGGGCCGCCGACCACCGCGCCCACCACCGUUUCACCGACACCGACCGCGACCCUUACAACGCCAAACGCGGUCUCUUCUACACGCAUAUCGGCUGGAUCCUCACCUACAACCCCGACAGGUUUGGCCAUAAGACUGAAGGAGUAGACCUGAGCGACCUGGACCGCGACCCCGUGGUAGUCUGGCAGCGGCGCGCCUAUUACCCGCUGGCGGGGCUGAUGGGCUUCCUGCUGCCAGCUGCCGUGGCCGGCAUGCUGUGGGGCGACUGGCAGGGCGGAUUCCUGUACGCGGGGUGUCUGCGGGUGGUGCUCGUGUGGCAUGCCUCGUAUUGCAUAAACUCGCUGGCCCAUUGGAUCGGGGAACAGUCGUACUCGACACGCAACACCGCAAGGGACUGUGCGCUGCUGGCGGUGGUCACCCUCGGUGAGGGGUAUCAUAACUAUCAUCAUGCGUUCCCGGGGGAUUAUCGGAAUGGGGUUCGACGCACGGAUUUGGAUGUUACUAAAUGGUGGAUUUGGGCCUGGGAGCGCGUAGGCUUGGCUUGGGAUGUGAGGCGGUGUACUGGGUGGAGGGCUAGAGGUGGUGGCUUGGGGAAAGGUGAGUAA